AUGCCCUACCUGUACCAGGACUCGAAGCCGAGGCCGCCUGCGCUGUCCGGGGCCGCCCGUGCCACCCACAGCUCGGGGAAGGCCUACGAGGAGCUGAAGCAGGAGUACCUGUGCAGGGGGGUCCUCUUUGAGGACCCCGACUUCCCCGCCUGCAACUCCUCUCUCUUCUUCAGUGAAAAUCCACCUAUUCCCUUCAUCUGGAAGAGGCCCGGGGACAUUGUCAAAGACCCCAAGUUUAUCCUUGGAGGAGCCACAAGAACUGACAUUUGCCAAGGGGAUCUUGGUGACUGCUGGCUAUUAGCAGCCAUAGCUUCUCUCACGCUGAAUGAAAAAACACUAGCAAGAGUGGUGCCACUGGAUCAAAAUUUUGGGCCAGAUUAUGCUGGAAUAUUUCACUUCCAGUUUUGGCAGCACAACGAGUGGCUGGAUGUCGUGAUUGAUGACCGAUUACCCACCUUCAAAGACCGGUUGGUUUUCCUGCACUCAGCUGAACACAACGAAUUUUGGAGUGCCUUACUAGAGAAAGCCUAUGCCAAGCUGAACGGCAGCUACGAGGCUCUGAAAGGAGGCAGUACAAUAGAGGCCAUGGAGGAUUUCACUGGGGGCGUAGGAGAAAUGUAUGAGGUUAAAAAGGCUCCUGACAAUUUCUAUGAAAUCCUAGAGAAAGCUCUGAAAAGAUGCUCAAUGGUGGGCUGCUCUAUUGAUACCAGCAGUGCUGCCGAGUCAGAAGCCAAAACCCCCUUUGGCCUUAUAAAGGGCCAUGCUUACUCCGUGACUGGCAUCGAUGAGGUGAGCUAUCGGGGCCAGCAAGUGCAGCUCAUAAGGAUAAGGAACCCCUGGGGACAGGUCGAGUGGAACGGCCCUUGGAGUGACAACUCUCCGGAGUGGCAUUCAGUCAGCCCACUGGAGCAGAGACGCCUAUCUCAGGCAGCACUGGAUGAUGGAGAGUUCUGGAUGAAAUUUGAAGACUUCAAAGUGCAUUUUGAUAAAGUUGAGAUCUGCAACCUAACUCCAGAUGCCCUGGAAGACAGCACUGCCCACAAGUGGGAGGUGACCAUCCACCAGGGGAGCUGGGUCCGGGGAUCCACCGCAGGAGGAUGUAGAAAUUUUCUGGAGACUUUCUGGACAAAUCCACAAAUCAAGCUACAUUUGACAGAGAAAGACGAUGGACAAGAUGACUGCACAUUCAUAGCAGCGCUGAUGCAAAAGGAUCGCCGUAAACUCAAGAAGCUUGGCGCUGAAAUGUUAACCAUCGGCUACUCUAUUUAUGAGAGCCCUGGCAGAGACGGACACUUGGGCAAAGACUUCUUCAGGUAUCACCCCUCCAAGGCCAGGAGCAAAACCUACAUUAAUUUAAGGGAAGUAUCUAACCGAUUCAAGCUGCCUCCGGGAGAUUACAUUCUCGUUCCAACCACGUUUGAGCCGCACCAGGAGGCCGAUUUCUGCCUGAGGAUUUUCUCUGAGAAGAAAGCCAUCACUGAGAAUCUAGAUGAAAAUGUUGCCAUUGAUCUCCCUGAGCCUCUAAACCCAACCCCAAGCUCACAAGAAACUGAAGAAGAAAAGCAGUUCCGGGCACUGUUUGAGCAGAUUUCAGGAAAGGACAUGGAGAUAGCUGCAGAAGAACUUGAAUAUGUUCUGAAUGCUGUAUUAAAAAAAACAAAGAACAUCAAAUUCAAGAACUUAAGUCUGAUUUCAUGCCGAAAUAUCAUUUCUCUUAUGGAUACCAGUGGCAAUGGGAAACUGGAAUUUAGUGAGUUCAAAGUUUUCUGGGAAAAAAUGAAGAAAUGGAUAAAUAUCUUUCUUCAAUUUGAUUUUGACAAAUCUGGGUCCAUGUCCUCCUAUGAGCUUCGUAGUGCUCUUAAAGCUGCAGGAUAUCAACUCAACAACUACCUGCUGCAACUGAUUGUCCUCCGAUACUCUGACGAACAGUUCCAGAUUGAAUUUGAUGAUUUUCUGAACUGCUUAAUUCGCUUAGAGAAUGCAAGUCGAGUAUUCCAAGCACUGAGUGUGAAAAACAAGGAGUUCAUUAACCUGAAUAUAGGCGAGUUUAUCAACCUGGCAAUGAACAUCUGAAGAAGUCUGACUUGGAUGCUGGGAGUUUCUUGCGACAUUGCUGCCGAGACU